AUGAGGAUGAAUGGCAAGAUUCCACCACCACCAUUGCAGCCUAUGGUACUUCCAUGCCUUGACAUUCUAAAAGCAUGGCAAAUGACACAAGAAUCAUUUGUUACUACUACUAAUAAUGUGUUCUUCAAUCCUAGUAUCGGAACCCUUGAAUCUCCAACCUCCACGUUACACUUUUCCGAUAACGUUAUGCCACUUUCGGCCAUUAGUAAGUAUAAUAUCGAGAAUCCAAAGCCAUUCACAAAAGAAAAUCGUGCAAAUAUUAAUGGUGUUGUGCAGCUUUGUGACAUUGUUGAUUACCCUAUUGAUGCUUCUUACUAUGAAGAUUCACUUAGGCCAGCUCCCAGUUUCAUGGAAGGGUUUUAUGAUGCCGAAUGUGCCGGUCCAAAUUCGAAUAAUAUUGGUUUUAUGGGAUCAUUUCAUGGCAAUCUUGAGGAUAUCUCCAGUGAUGGUGGUCUUGAAGACAACAAGAAAUAUUGGAACAAUGUCCUUAAUGGAGAGACUAAUACAGCUACUUAG